GCCUGUAGACAUUGGAAAGCGUCUGUAAAUGCGUCACUCGGGUUGUGGACAUUCAUACUGCACCGGGACCUGUGAUUGGUUGGCCGGGGAUCCAGUCUUCUUGUCAUCGGUUGGCCGGCUCAUUUGUAUUUGGGAAAAGCCCGGUCCUCGCUACCGCGUGGGUGUGGACGCACGGCCGUCAGACGUACAGUCAUAGCCGAGAACCACCUUAGCUAUGCGCGGUCUCUUUCAACUUCCAUGCACUAUCUUUUAUUGUGUGCCGACGUCAUGAAAUCACAAUGCAAUGUGUCCAGCGAUGAAUGGGGAAUAAGUAGGUGACCGGAGUACCGGGGCGCGCGCAGCAGGAAAGCACCACCCUCCUCUUUACACCCCGUCACUGUGUGACGCGACAGUCGGAAAAACGUAACGCACUCAAGACGUAACGCUGAAAGAUCAACUUCUUUAUUUCUUAUACUCGGCAAACUUCCUCCAAGUCUCGAGUCUCGUCCGUUACCGACCCACCUUUCCCCGUGAUCGCAUUCCGACAUUCCUCCAACGCAACCCUAUUCAAUCCCGCCUCCUGGCUUAUUUACAUAUAGAUGUAUAUAAACAGCUCGAUUGGCCUUCAAUCUGCAGUCAUUAAGAGGCAAUUCAGACGACACGAGCACGUCCCAGGGCUCCCGGCCGCCGCCUUCCCGGCACAUUCAAGACUCAUCACCGACUUGGUGACAGGACUCGGACUAGGACUAGCUGACGACUUAAGUCCAGGAAAGGACUUCGAGGAUUUAUUUUCUUUCCCGCAGUACACGUCUUCACCUCACAUGCUCGCCUGAGGACAUCAUGCCAGCACUUGGGAACUUUUUGGGAGGUUUUGGGGGAUUCCAAGUCGGAGGACAAAUGCCAGAUCCAGGACUACUGUUGUCGGAUCAUAUGGGGGAAAGAAGUGUGAGAAAUGCCGACCAGUUUUCCCAUCUGGAAGGCAUCCUGAGGCGCCGACAACUGUACUGUCGCACCCGAUUUCACCUGCAAAUCUUCCCCGACGGCACAGUUAACGGCACGCGGCAAGACCACAGUGUUUUCGGUAUUCUGGAGUUCAUAUCAGUAGCGACGGGACUUAUGAGUAUCAGAGGUGUAAAGAGCGGGCUGUACCUGGGUAUGGAUGAGAACGGAGACAUGUACGGAUCGGACCAGCUGAACAGGGAUUGUAUCUUCAGAGAACACAUGGAGGAGAAUUUUUACAACACCUAUGCGUCACACGAACACCGGAACGACAAAAACGGAAGACCAUUUUUCGUCGCCUUGAACAAAGACGGAACUGCAAGAAAGGGCAAUAGGUCAAGAAAGACACACAAGUUCACCCACUUUCUUCCGAGACCGGUGGAUCCUGAGAAAGUACCAUCUUUGUACCAGGACAUUCUUGGGAAGAGAUGAUUUUAGCUGCGACACUGGAGAGCUCACUGCCUUCUAUGCAAAGACUAUGCAAAGACUGUAGACAUGUUGCGCCGGUGUAGCAGGGGAUGCUGUCCACUCGACAUUACCGUCCCACUUCGCUAUAGCAAUGGUUAGUACGUGGAUUGGAACGCCAAGGCAUUCGAUCCGAUAAAAAAAAUUGCUCGGUGCUAAUUAGUUGACUAGCAUCACUGCUGCUUUUGAUUGACAAGAACCACUCACCGUUAUGGUUCAAAUGAAACCCCCUACCCUUAGAUCAUUAGUCUAGAUCUCAGAACAAGCUGUGUUCGGCAAGCUGAGCACGGUGUCGAUUACACACAAGAUAAUCACUGAUAUUUAGAUAACAACGAAUCACGCGUCCUCCUAUGCGCUAUGAUAAUCGGCUUUUUAGAUGGAGACAAUUUUUUUACGAAUUGACCUAUAUGACCCAGCCGUAUCUAAGAUACGGCUUGAUAUGAUUUGUGGUGAUUGACUAUGAUUGACUAUGCUGAGCAUGCGUGCGAGCAAAUUGAGAAAAAAUGUGACACAAAAACGAGCGAGAAUCGGGACUGGUAUUCGAUUCUAAAGAAAAAAGAGCGUAUUUAUUGUAAUUUAUGUGUCACGUGGUUUAUGUAUGUACAUAAUACUUGUUGUAAGUAUUUAUUUAUUGAAGAACUUUUUCUUGUCAUCCAAGAACUUUUCUUACAUCAUAUCUAUAUUAUCUAUAUUGCUGCUAUGCAAGAAUCAAAUGUGCAACUGUCAUGGGUUUCUGUUAGGCCAUUGUUUGAUUGUAUUCUCUGUCCUUUAAAACAUUUUUAAAUGUCAAGCUUCGAGUUUAUCGUUCAAAUCUUCAGUUUUUCUCAAAAGUAGGUACGUCACCAAAGAACUCAAGUACCACUUGUGUCCCUGCUGAUGUGGGCAGACGAUAAUGUCAAGGGUUGCUACUGGUCUCGUUAGACAGACAAAAGAGAUGGGUGGGAAAAUGGUUACCAGGGAAAAGACACGGAAUCAUUUAGCCUUCUUCACACACAUUGUAGGUGCGGCUGGAGUUUUUUUAGAGGAGCGCUGAUUUGCAACUUUCAACAUGGGGUAAGCCCUUACCAGGAGACUAGGCCGGGAUCGGGCAGCUCGGACAGUUUAUUCGGUGGCCCAAAAGAGUCAGACCGCCAGAUUUCCUAUAAGCGCUCGGGGAGAAGGAGCUAGGUCCUUCGGGCUUAAACUCCCCCGGAGCGCUAAUGUGAGAUCGGCGGGCUGACUACCUUGGAUCCCCGAACAACACUCGCUAGCUACCCGAUCCUGACUGGCCCCCAGGGUACAAGGGCUGUGGCACUGAUCUCCCCCGGCAUUUGAUAAACUGGCCUAUGUUGAAAAACGCAAGUCAUCGCACCCCCCCCCCCCCCCAAAAAAAAAAGAUACAUGCGUCGCACCUAAAAUAUCAGAUCUGUACGGGUACACUUUUUUCUGUACCAUUGUGUUGUCUGGCCAAGCCCAAAUUUUAAAGAUACUUUUCAGACAAUUUUCUGACCAGUGUUGUCAGCAAAUAAAAAUACUAGAGACAGAUAAUGACCAUACCAGCAAAUGCUUGGAGAAAGAAGUACCCCCCCCCCCCCCCCAAUAAAAAAGACUAUAAAACGGCAAAGAAAAUGUACAAGGAGUGAAUAUAAUUGUGUGUACUUUUUUGACAGCCAUUUUAUUUUAGUAUGUGUCAAUAGCAUUGUCUAGUUAUUGAUCGCCCCGAUUUUAGCUGUCGUCCUAACAGCACAAGUUUUGAGACAAAGAUUAUCACUGUUAUGAAGAAUCUCUUUUCUUAUGUGUCUAAUUGGCUGUGUGAUUUUUUUUACGACGAUACAGAGAGAAAAGUGUCCCCCUAUUUUUGUAAGAGUUAUUGUAUAUAGUAAGAGAUAUGAGUGAGAAAUGUAAAAGAUCUAUGAAACAGAGAGACUGAUACGUUGUCUGUAUACGUUUGAAAUUCCGCCGAGUUUGUCUCGGAUGGCCGGAGUAUCAGAUCAAAUAUAUUCACAGAAUAAAGGAAAACAAAUGAUUGGAAUUAUA